AGCCCAAGGGGGGCGGUGGAGCGCUUACCUGGCAACAGUGCACACAACAAAAACAAGGGACAUGAACACGCACUACAUAUGUAGUUUAUGUAACUUCAGUUAAUUGAGAAUAAAUAUGUGUUUGUUCAUCCUCGUUGGGUAGACAGCGACACUUUAAACCGCAACGGCAACAAAUGGGUGGAUAAAGCCAAAGCUCUUAAACCUAAAUUGUUUAGGUCCAACGGGACGAUGCAUCGUGGUGGGGAUAAGGACUACCAGAUCUCGGCAAGAAAGAUGGCUACGUCCUUGCUCUUCCAGUUGUCAGCUCAUGAGAGGGAGCUGGAUUUGGUGUGUCUGGACCAUAGCUACGCCAAACCGUGGAAUGCUCACCCAGAUGCCAGCAGCGCCCGUCCCACCAGAACGCUCUUUGUCACCCCUCGACGACAGCCUGAAGUUUCACCAGACUCUGAAGGUUUAAUAGAUGUGGAGACAAUCACACCCAAACCGGUGCCUCUGUAUGAUAACAACAAAGCUCUGAGCGUAAUGAAAGAGUGUGAGCGACAUGUUCUUUUUGCUCGAACUGUAGCGGAUAGUCCGCCACCCCCUGAUGACUGGGACGAGCACAUAAACAAGACGGCAUGGUCAGUCGCUCAGACCAAAUUGUUCAAUAAAGUCCUUAAAGCACUUCAAAUCGAGAGGCUAGCUCGCUUGGCAAAUGAAAAUGCACCCAACGAGCCAAUAUUACGUAGAAUAGCUGUGGACAAAUGUGCCAGAAAGGUGCGGCAUGCCUUAGCAAGCGUUAACUGGGACACCAAGCUGACACAGUGGUUACAUACCAUUCUAAUUGAAUCGCUGAGUCUUGCCAUGCUUGCAGCCUACUUGGAUGUUCUGCAAACUCUGAAAAGCAAGUUGCCCUCACUCAUUGACAGAAUGUUGCUGCCGUCUGCAAAGACGGGUGCCCCCAGUGCUGAGGCCCUGUCAUUGUUACUGAAACGUCCCUGGGACCCAGCUGUUGGGGUUCUGUCUCAAAACAAACCGAGCAAGCUCCCUGGGUCACCACUCAUCCUCAUUGCACCAUCAAGUCCAACAAAUCCGGCCCUGUCGACAUCCCGGCGAAUGAGAUUCUGGCAGUCGCAGCUUUCAUGUCUGGGAAAGGUCAUCCCCAUACACACUCAUGUCACCAGCGGGGCCAAUAUCGGCAUCACACAGUGUCUGGAGCACAUGCUGGGAACCGUAAGGGCCAAGGUCAUUGAGGUUCACAGUCACUUCCCCCACAAACCCAUCAUCUUGGUUGGUUGGAACGCUGGUGCGCUCAUAGCUUGUCAUGUGUCCCUCAUGGAAUAUCUGACCGCUGUGGUUUGUCUCGGCUUCCCCCUGCUGACAGUCAACGGUCCAAGAGGGGAUGUGGAUGACCCACUGCUGGACAUGAAGACUCCAGUGUUGUUUGUGGUCGGUCAAAACGCACUGCAGUGUAGCGUCGAAGGAAUGGAGGAGUUCAGAGAGAAACUGAGGGCAGAUAACAGCAUGGUGGUGGUGGGAGGAGCUGAUGAUAACAUCAGAAUCAAUUCUGCCAAAAUGAAAUCCGAGGGACUGACGCAGACAAUGGUUGACCGCUGCAUUCAGGAUGAGAUUGCAGACUUCUUGUCAGGCGUCCUCACAAGAGCAGAGAGCCACAGCCAUGGCUCAGGGGAGACGAGAGACAUGGACACAGAGAAGAAGAGAAGGCCUCGACGAGAAGUCCCCUUUGACAUGGAGCGAGGACGACCUUCCUCGCCCGCUAUGAGAGUCCCCAUCUCCCCAUCGGGGUCAGAGGAUCUGUCCAGUGUCUGCAGUAGUCCCACAUCAAGUCCAAAACCCAAGGCUGGUCUCUCACCAGCUCAGAAGUCCAGUCUGAUUACAGCCACACAGCUCCUGAAGACUCACAUGCAGCGCUCAGGCACAGUGCUCUCUCACAAGCAGGCCCAAGUGACAAGUGAUCAGGUGGAGGCAUUGGACAGAGAUGAAAUGAGGCCUCGUGGCAAGAGGAGGCAAACACCAAGUCCUACACAGAGUAAAGCGUCAAAGCGGGCCAAGAUCAAGGUCACGAUUGUUUCCCAAAGCGAGUCAGCAGGGGGCAGCAUGAGUCAAGCUGCACAGGAAGUUGGGGUCUCUGGAAAGCCUCUUGCAUUAUCAAUGGGACAGACUGUGGCUGGAGCCAAAGAGCUCUCUGGACUUCUCACAGGCCAGCGGUCUGGUAGUCUCUCAGAGGUGUCUGGUGCCCUGUCCCCAGGCUCCAGCUCCUUCAACAGCGUGCAACCUUGCAUGGUGUCAGGGUCGUCCACACCAUUCCAGGCGCAAGCUCCGGCUACUGCCCAAGCAUCUUCCGCAAGCAGUCUGCUUCAAGGCCUAAGUUUCAGUCUUCAGGAGAUCGUCACCAAAACACCUAGCUUGCCCUCUGCAGAAGCCAACACAGGAAGCACACAGGUGUUCUGUGGCAAGCCCCAGGGUCAGGUCUUGAGCACUGUCUCGACCACCAGCAGCAGCACUCUUCUCCGCGCGGUGCCUGUGGUCACGACAGGGGGUAUAGCUAAAACCAACGCCAUUCACCAACUCCUAACAAAUGGUGGACUGGCCAAGCUCGCCAGCAGUUUGCCAGGCUUGGCCCACAUCACCAACCAGACCGCUGGGCAGAAAGCCCCUGCAUCCAUAACAGUGAUGCUUCGAGGAGCACAGCCAAGCAGAGCAGCAUCCCUCAGCCAAGCUGGUGAAGUGGAGACUCCUGCUCAGAACAAUGAGUGCCAGUGAUCAAGUUUCCCACCCCCAAAGUGCUGACGUUCCCUAUAAUGCAAAUGGGAUGUGCUUGUGGUUGGUGCAUAAGUCGUACAGUUCUAGGAUCAGCUUGAGCUUCCAGGUGACAAGACAAACUGCAAGAGACACAGACCUGCACAAGUGGACAUUUGCGGUUUGAAAUCAUCAUUUACUGUGUAGUGCGAUUGUGACUAGUAUCAGCUUGAAUCAGUGACCUGCAGUCAGUGGAGGCAGGUAUGAUGAAGAGUACAAAAAUUAGUAAAUAUUCACGUUUGUCCAUUUAACUUCAUUAUACAUGUAUGUUCUGUAUGAUUAGAAUCAUUUUAAACAUUUUUUGAAUGGGCAGAUUUCCUGAUCAUUUAUAUGGCAGAAACCCAAGGUGAGGUCACCGUCAGCGUGGCUUCUCUGCUUAGUGUGCAAGCCCCAUCUACCAUUUGAGUGUACACAGUUGGUUAAAGUCGCCCGCCAGAAACAUUUUUUACACGCAUGACUUUGUACAGCCUGUGUAAUGUCUUUAGCGUGUGUGAUGUAAUACUUUUUAAUCAGACAAUGAAAUAGUACCUGUCAUAGGGAGACACUUGCAGUACCUGGAUGGUGCUUG